UGUUACACCACUCUCAGAGGACUUAGAGGCAAUUAGCAGAAGAAUGGCAGCCUCAGUAAUGAGUGCAGUGAGCCUGAAACCCUCCCCAUUCAGUGUUGAGAAAACAGCAGUGAGAGGGCUCCCCUCACUUGCAAGAACUUCUUCUUUAAGGGUUGAGGCCAGAGCCAAGAAGAAGAUUUCAACUGACAAGCCUUAUGGAAUUGCUGGUGGAAUGCAAUUUGCGGAUGGACUUGAUGCGUCUGGGAGGAAGGCUAAGGGGAAGGGUGUUUACCAAUUUGUGGACAAAUAUGGUGCCAAUGUUGAUGGAUACAGUCCAAUCUAUUCCCCUGAGGAAUGGUCUCCUAGUGGUGAUGUCUAUGUUGGGGGUAGCACUGGCUUAUUGAUUUGGGCUAUUACCUUGGCUGCUAUUCUUGCAGGGGGUGCCCUUCUUGUUUACAGCACAAGUGCUUUGGCACAGUAGUAGGCCUCUCUUGUGUUAUUAGUUACUGUCCAAGACAGUGGCAUCUACAAAUCCUUAACGCUUUGAAACCUUAUCUGUAAUGUGUAUUAUUAUGGUGAGGAUUUGUAUGAAUGUAUAUAAAUAAUGUAUAUAUAUGUGUGUGUAAUUUAUCUAAUUUGCAUUCUAUUUA